AAUGAAUUACUUAGGCGGUGGAUUUCAUAGAAAAUUCAAGUAUUAGCAGCCUAUUAGUAUAGUAUACCAAAUGGGUUUUAUUUAGAUAAAUCAUGGAUUUUUGAGCCUUAAUUUCAGCUGCUAGAAGACAAAGUCUAGAUUGGCCUAAUACUGAAGAACAUGAAGCCAAUGAAGGAAAGGGAUUAAACUUAGUUUAAGCUAAUGGCUUUAACCAUACAAAAUUCAUUGAGAGAAGGACAUUAAUUGGUGAAACUUUAUAGUACCUCCCUUCAAGAAAGAGACUAGAAACUUGGAGUAAAACUGUUGUGUCCUGUGUUAUCCUCUUCUCUCAUUAUCAUACUUGAAUGCAUACUACCAAUGAUAUUAUAAUUUCUCUAUUAAUUUGUUAUAUGUUCCUCUUCACAAAUUACUUUAGUUAAACUUCGCUGA